AUGUUCGAUCUUGCAUUUAGCAAGGAUGGUGACUACCUGUAUAUGUCCGGAACGACCUAUGACUGCAUUGUUCUUAUUUACAAGAUACUACUUGACGGCAAUCGCCUAGAAGGCAUUAACCAUGUGGCUACACCGAAGUACAAGCUCACUGACCGGGAUGGUUCUGAGUUUGAUUCUGUGCGACUAUUGCCGCAAAUAUCCUCUCAGGGCUGCUUUAUUGGCACGUCCCGCCUUAAUAGUCUGCUUCUCUGCCCAGUUACACAGAGAAGAAAAUUUUUCCUAAACUCACGGGAAUCGGAGGGAGAGGCCAAAGACCCAAGUUGUAAGCACAGAUUGGCCGGAAAUGCUAAGUUCGGAUGCUUCGCAAAGUGCGGGAUGAUUUACUUGGCAAACAAUGAGAUUUAUAUCUGGAAUAUAACAUCACCGACAGGCCGUGGGGAGGCCGAUUAUUGUUCACUGCCACACAAUCCAAAAGGAAACAGAGUGUAUGGGCUGGCGUCGCUGCAGGUGGAAACUACAUUGUUCUAUACGGAUUCAUACUUUGCUGCUUGGAAGCGAGCAAAUGAGCAUUUUGAAUACAUCCCACUGGGAGCGCCGAACUACGUUCGAUGGCCCUGGCUAAAUCAACAAGGCUGCUGUCUCGUGUUAAAAUCACAUUGCUCUAUUCAAAUGUGGGAGUCUGCUGGUGUUUAA